AAAGGAAGUAAAGAAAAGAUUUGGAGGCAACAAUCAAAACACGGUCGACAUGUGGUCUCCCACGGCACAAGUUUAUUGAAGACAGGCGUUUAUAUAGAUUUAUAUGUCUAUGGUCUAGUGUUUCUGUUUUAGGAUUCUGACUGACUACAUGGAGACCAAAGCGGCUGUUGUUGUGGACGCGGUUCCUCCUUUCGGUCACGUUAUUUCCAGUGAGAAAUGGAGAAACUCUUCCCUUACUCAGAGUUUAAGAGGUAAUUAUCAAUAACCUAUCAAUUAUAAUUAAUCAUUUUAAUCAGAGAGAUAAAGGCCACACUUUUUUGCAUCUUUAAUUAUCUUUGACUAACGUGUCUGUCAUUGUUUAAACCUGCUAUACCAAGAUUGUUCUUAUACUUUUUUUUUUAUUCACAUAGACCUACGGGUUACAUAUUAAUUCUUUAAAAGUGAACAAAACAGCCCGCUAAGGUUACGAUUUUUCCCCUUAUUUAAAAAGCUGAAAUAAUUUAGUUUUGAUAGUGAAAAGAAAACGUUAAUUUGGAUAAUAAAGUAGCUGUUAUUCACGACCCCCAGGUGCGUGUCAGAACUUCUGUGACUCGGGUGGCUCAACCCAGGCACCGACUUAAGUACCUUUCACACCAGAAGCGUUUUUUUUUUUUCCGUGCGAUUAUUUCGAACCCGUAUCCUGUCAAUACAAGCGUUCACAUCAGCGACGUUUUCCCGUUCUGUGAUAUUGCGGCACAUCAAAGAUUUCGAUCAGCUGUAUUUUUGCUGCAGGUGCAGGUGUGAAACUCCUCUUCGAGAACGAGCUUGGCGUCACAGAUUUUCACCUGCCAAACAAAAGCUGCAUCCUCUACGUGUCUGAGUGCGACAUCAUAGCAGGGACCAGCUACAAGAGGAGACUGGUCCGCUUCAGGAAUGUGGGUUUGAUGCAGCGAUAAAACCGGCCUACUCAAAGUCUCUGUGUGUGAUUAUAAUGAACUGUGUGUCCUGAUCCUCAGAGCAGCAGCAGUUUCCAGGAGCUGGUGCUGGUGGAGAACACCAGACUCAGUGAGCAGUACUUCCCCGCUGUGCAGAAGUUUGUGGUGUUUGACCUCGGAUUGACUCUCCUGCCGGUCAGCGGGCAGACUGAGGCCUCACAGCUCAUCGCUCAGAUGGUAAGAAGACUUAAAGGUGUUGUAGUCAGGAUCUGAUGAAGUUCCAGUUUUAGGAGAAAUCUUGAAUCUAAACUCCUCCCAACCAGUUUUCCCCUCAGCUCCUCCUCUCUCCUCAAGCCCCGCCCACAAACAGACGCUCCUGCUCGCUCGUAUCGUUCCAAUUAAAUUCAGAUAUAAUGCAGAUAAAUACUUCAGAUCAAUACAAAUGGGGCCCAGUCAAGGUGAAAGUCAAAAGCAUUGGUGCUACUGUAGAUGCCAACAGACGACCAGCAAACACAAUGUUUGCAGGACUUCUACAACUAGGAUAAAGUGACAUAGUCCAGGACCCGAGGGAGGACAGUUUAGCGAUGGCGCUACAACACGCUACAGCAGGUCCGUUUGACAAGAAACACUUCUGUUACAGACACUUGUCUUACUUUGUUAAAGCGGUUUACCUGUCCAGCAGAAAGGUUACAGGGUCACCAAGAUCCCCAAGCGUCCCCCAUGGUUUAUGUUGACCCGGCUUUUUAGCUCUUGUCCGGUCUACCUCCGUUUUAAGCGCCCGUUAUUCCUCCAGAGUCUCCGGUAUUUACUUUGUUUUCUUGCUUGUGUCGGCAGUCGUGGCCAAAGGAGGAUUCAGACAAUUUUCCGAACUUUCUGGUUGGUUUCUACUGUCCAAUAUUGUAGCACGCUAACUUUGUUUGGGCUCCUGAACGACACGGGGGAGCAGCAUUUUCUUGCUGACUGUUUUCUUGCUGACUGUUUAUGUUUGAGUCUUUUCUUGCUUGUGUCGGCAGUCGUGGCCAAAGGAGGAUUCAGACAAUUUUCCGAACUUUCUGGUUGGUUUCUACUGUCCGAUAUUGUAGCACGCUAACUUUGUUUGGGCUCAUGAACGACACGGGGGAGCAGCAUUUUCUUGCUGACUGUUUUGUUGUUGACUGUUUUCUUGUUGACUGAUUAUGGUUGACUGUUUUCUUGCUGACUGUUUUCUUGUUGACUGUUUAUGGUUGACUGUUUUCUUGCUGACUGUUUUCUUGUUGACUGUUUUCUUGUUGACUGAUUAUGGUUGACUGUUUUCUUGCUGACUGUUUUCUUGUUGACUGUUUAUGGUUGACUGUUUUCUUGCUGACUGUUUUCUUGUUGACUGUUUUCUUGUUGACUGUUUAUGGUUGACUGAUUUCUUGCUGACUGUUUUCUUGCUGACUGUUUAUGGUUGACCGUUUUCUUGUUGACUGAUAUAGUUGACUGUUUUCUUGCUGACUGUUUUUUGUUGACUGUUUUGGUGUUGACUGUUUUUUGCUGACUGUUUUCUUGUUGACUGUUUAUGGUUGACUGUUUUCUUGCUGACUGUUUUCUUGUUGACUGUUUAUGGUUGACUGAUUUCUUGCUGACUGUUUUCUUGCUGACUGUUUAUGGUUGACUGUUUUCUUGUUGACUGAUAUAGUUGACUGUUUUCUUGCUGACUGUUUUUUGCUGACUGUUUUCUUGUUGACUGUUUAUGGUUGACUGUUUUCUUGCUGACUGUUUUCUUGUUGACUGUUUAUGGUUGACUGUUUUCUUGCUGACUGUUUUCUUGCUGACUGUUUAUGUUUGAGUCUUUUCUUGCUUGUGUCGGCAGUCGUGGCCAAAGGAGGAUUCAGACAAUUUUCCGAACUUUCUGGUUGGUUUCUACUGUCCGAUAUUGUAGCACGCUAACUUUGUUUGGGCUCCUGAACGACACGGGGGAGCAGCGUCUGCCUCACAACCAAUCAGGUUAGAGGAGGUGGAGAAUGGCUUUGUUUACAGUCAGAAAGAGCGGACCGCUCAAAAAUGUUCAAAUGUUGACGACACAGACAUAAGAGAACACAGAGAUAUCGAUAUAUUACCAAAUGUCAUCAAUAACUAAUAACUAUUGACUGAUAUUAAAAGCUGUUUUGUAAAUACACCACAAAAUAAAAAGAUGCUUCUUUAACGAAUUCCUGCCGACCCCAACUUUAAGACCCUGUUUACAGUGGUCUUUUAUGAACUUACUUUUUCUUAACACUGCACUGGAAUUUUGCUGAUUCUUUGUUUUACAGCUAGUUUUGCUAAGUUAAUUUUCUUCUUUUCCUUCUGUGAAGUAUUUUCACUUGUCUUGUCAUUAACAUGUACCCGGAGACUGAUUUACCAACCUGUUUGACCCUCUCCAGGUCCACGGGGAGGGCAGGGAGAACCCCUUCAGGAGGAAAACUUCAUCUCGGCUGUUGGACCCGCUCGUCCUCGCUCUGGUGCAGCAGGUCCCCGGGGUCGGCAGGGUCAAAGCGCUGGCUCUGCUGCAGCGCUUCUCCAGCAUCCAGCAGCUCUGCAACGCAGCUCCUUCUGAGAUGGAGCCAAUUGUAGGUCAGACUGCAGCUCAGCAGAUCCACAACUUCUUCCACAAACCCUCUUCUGGAAGCUGAAGGCACGACUCUCAGUCUGUAUUUGAUCAGGAAGGUUUGGGUUCAGUGAUGAUACAGAGACAUUCAAAUCUUUGUUGGACUGAUGGCUCUGCUUUAAAAUCUGCCUCUUCAGGGUUUCAAUGAGGCGUCUAGGGACGGAAGUACUGGAUGUCAUGUGAUCAUGUUAGCUUUGAACCCAGGGUCAGUUUUGUAUGCAGCGUACGCAACAUGAGCGCCCUCUGCUGGGGCCCCUGCAGACCUGAACGGUGAAUCUUGCUUGCCGUACCUGCGUCUGCUGUGUCCAGUUAUUCUACUGUCUAUUGUCCGGUGGUAUCUGAUUAAGCUCCGCCAAAACACGGUAAAAUAAGUUAUUUUUGUCUCUGUAAAAGUGCCACUAAUCCUCAAAGGGUACUUAAGAGUGUGUAACCUUCAGUAUUUCUGUGAUUGUAUUGCUUUGUUGUGGAGUUAUUUCAUCUUACCGGGUUGUCAUAUUUCCUAGCUUGAAUAUGUUGUGGUAAAUAUUGUGGUCUGAUAAACAUCUUUUGUGUUUUAAGUGUGUGCUGAAGCCUUCAACUACAGCCUACAGGUCUCAAAUUCAUCUGUUAUCACCAGGUAGGUGAGGAGUGUACCUGUAAUAGCCCCCUGUUUGAUUCUGUAAGGCAUAGAUCUUGAAAAUUUGGUUAAAAUAAUAAUCCUCCAUAUACAAAAUGUGUAAUAAUAAUCUUAUUCUGCCAUGCUGGUUUUCUGUAAAAGUUAUUUUUGAAAGCAUAUUUUAUCUAAUUUCGUCUGAUCUUAAGUUUAUCUAAGUUUGGUUUGAUUUUGAACUUCACUCAUUGUUUUCUCGUUCUCAAAAUUGUUAAACUGGUGUGUAAGGCAGGUAAAGUGGCCCAGGGGGUCAAUGGUACAAAUGUUUUAGGAAAGUGAUAAGAAAAUAUUGAAUAAAAUACAAAAAUAUUUGAUCAAAUGGAAGAGAAUAUUUCAGAAAACCAACAACAUGAUAAUAUUUAACUUUAAAACGCUAUAAACAAAAAAAUAAUUCUGAAAACAUUAUAAACUACAAAGAAUAUUUAUAAAAGAGAUAAGAGAGAUAUACGUAUAAUAUAUAUAAGAGACUUGGACGGCUCUUCUUUUUUCAGACUUUACAAGUCUUUAAUAAAUAGUAGAUGACUUUUUGAGACAUGACAAAUGAGACUACAAACAAGUGAAUUUCCCUUCGUGGAUAAAUAAAGUUCUUAUUCUUAAAAACAAAAAUUUUCAAGAAAUGCAAAUAAAACUUGGAAACACAGACUCUGAAAACACAAAAAUGUUUUAGUGGCAGCUUUCUGUGACAUUUUGUGAUCAGACCAAAAACUCCAGAGCGAGUUUUCAACACCAUGUGAACUCCUGUCAAACUGAUUUUUAGUUCCUCUGACACUCUUUCUGUGCAUGAAAUUUGGUCAGGAACGAACUUAAACAACUUAUCUUCAAAGUCUUUUUACUUUUGCAUUCCAAAAUCUUUCGUCUUUUUAAAAAAAUUUUAUUAGUGUUUUUUAAAUGUAUUUGUAUUUCUUAAAUUUUUAAACAAAAGAAUAUUUUCUCAAAUA